AUGGCCACCAGCACCGCGCCCGUCCUCCUCCUCCUCCUCCCCCUCCUCCUCUCCAUGUCCGCCGUCCUGACGCUGGCGGCGGACAGCAACGGCACCACCCACCUGAGCUUCUUCAUGCACGACAUCACGUCGGGCAGCAACCCAACGGCGGUGAAGGUGAUCAAGGGUCCGGGCUCCACCCUGACGGCCCCGACGCUAGGCAUGACGUUCGGCGACACGACGGUGAUCGACGACCCGCUGACGGCGACGUCCUCGCCGACGUCCGCGGAGCUGGGCCGCAUGCAGGGCAUCUACAUGCUGGCGUCGCAGUCGGGCGCGGCGCUGAUGGUGUGCGCCAACCUGCUGCUCACGUCGGGCGCCCACAACGGGAGCACGCUCGCCGUGAUGGGCCGCGACGACACCGGGGAGGAUGUGAGGGAGAUCCCCGUCGUCGGCGGCACCGGGACGUUCCGGAUGGCCACCGGGUACGUGCUGUGGAAGACGCCCCAGGGGAUCAACGGCACCGACGCCACCGUCCAGCUCGAUGUGUAUGUCACCACGGACGGCAACGGCGUCGACGCGCUCGCGCCCGCGCCCGCGCCCGGUGGCGGUGACUCCUCGUCCGGAGGAGGGUCGGCGGGGUCAGGAGGGUCCAACAAGUCCAGCUCCGGUGCGGCGAGGAGCAUGAGGAUGACCGGCGGGUGGGUCGUCGCCGUAUUGGUUGCGGUGGUUGGAUCCUGCUGGGUUUGGUGA